AGUACUUUGAUUAUACUUUAACCCAUCAAUACUUUACUUCUGCUGACAGAAAAAAUAUCUACAUGGCCCUGAAGAAUAAUUGUACAUGAAAGAACCCCAGAAGUGCUGUAGAUCUGCCAAGGAGUACCUGUGCUGAGAAUGUUUUCAGUGACCCAGCUCUAAGCACCAGUUUAGAUGGCAGCCAAGACCAGCACAGACAGGAAGGACAUGCAGAGGAUGAAGGAAGGUGAAGAAAACCUCUCUGUGGACCACUAGUCUGAUCAAUGAGUGUCAUGGGAAAAAAGGGAACUUUGUAGACAAGGAGCAUGGAAAGGAAGGUCUGGGAAGGGGAAGAUGCCUCCAGGACCAGCUCCCCUGCCCAUUCUAGGUAACCUGUUGCAGGUGAAACCAAGUAACUUGGCCAAAACCCUCCAGAAGCUCAGUGAAGAGUAUGGACCAGUGUUCACAGUGCACAUGGGCUCUGACCCAGUGGUGGUGCUGCACGGAUACGAUGUGGUGAAAGAAGCCUUGAUUGAUCGUGCAGACGAGUUUGCUUCCAGGGGACACAUGGCAAUUGGAGACAGGGCUAACAAUGGAUUAGGGAUUAUUUUCAGCAACAAUGAGCCAUGGUUGCAAGUCCGGCGGUUUUCUCUCACCACUCUGCGGAACUUUGGAAUGGGGAAGAGGAGCAUUGAAGAGAGGAUACAGGAGGAAUCUGACUACUUGCUGGAAGAGAUCCACAAAACAAAGGGAACAGCUUUUGACCCAACCUUCAUGCUGAGCUGUUCUGUCUCCAAUGUCAUAUGCUCCAUUGUCUUUGGGAGACGAUAUGACUAUAAAGACAAGAAGUUCCUGGCUCUGAUGGACAACAUGAACAACAUCUUUGAGAUGAUGAACUCCAGCUGGGGACAGCUCUACCAGAUGUUCUCAAAUAUUAUGGAUUACCUGCCUGGCCCACACAACAAUAUAUUUGCAGAAUUUGAUGCUCUAAAAGCCUUUGUAGCAGAGGAGGUGAAGUUGCACCAAGCCUCCCUAGAUCCCAACUCCCCUCAGGAUUUCAUCGACUGCUUCCUCAGCAAAAUGCAGGAGGAGAAAGAUCGUCCCAAUUCCAGUUUCCACAUGAAGAACAUGGUCACAAGUGCUUUCGACUUGUUCAUUGCUGGAACUGAGACAACAAGCGUCACCCUGCGAUUUGGGCUUCUGCUUCUUAUCAAAUAUCCAAAGAUACAAGAGAAAAUUCAAGAAGAGAUUGACCAGGUAGUAGGGCGAUCAAGAAAACCCUGUGUGGCUGACCGGACCCAGAUGCCCUACACAGAUGCCGUGGUCCAUGAAAUCCAGCGCUUCAUCAGUCUUGUCCCCCUCGGUGUCCCUCACACUGUGACCAAAGACACCAACUUCAGAGACUACGUCAUUCCUAAGGGCACCACGAUUUACCCUGUCCUCGCUUCUGUCCUCUCCUCUACUGCCGCCAUCUUCAGUGGUAUCUCCUGUCACCCUGUCCUCGCUUCUGUCCUCUACGACAGUAAAGAGUUUCCAAACCCACAUGAGUUCAAUCCUGAACAUUUCUUGAAUAAGGAUGGCAGCUUUAGGAAGAGCAACUACUUCAUGCCCUUCUCAGCAGGAAAACGAAUUUGCCCAGGAGAGGGCCUGGCACGAAUGGAGAUAUUCUUACUCAUAGCCACCAUCUUGCAGAACUUUACUUUGAAGUCUGUUGUCAACCCCCAGGAGCUCAGCACUACCCCAAUUCUGAGUGGGAUAGGCAAUGUACCUCCUGACUUCCAGCUCUGUGCUUUCCCCCGCUGAAAAGCACUGAACCACUCUCCACUGGCCUGAAACUGGCCAUUGCUUUACAUGUUCUUUACUACAAUCAACAGCAGGAGCAUUGGCCCACCUUUCCCAGGCCUUCAGGAAGGCAGUCCAAAUUCAGGCACAAAGGAGAGACCUCUGAAGCCUCCAGACCUCCACCAAACCGCAGGAGGCCCUGGGUGACAUUGCAGCCUCUGGCACUGAUGCUCUGUCCCCGGAUCACUGAGGACAGUGGCUGCAUCAAA